AGGUGAAGACUGCACUCAGCCUGAAAUGAAUUUCAAAUCGCUAUUGAAAGGUUUAAAUUUGUAUUUGGAUGAUUUUGGUUUACUUCGAAUCAAAGGGCGCCUCGAAAGAUUGUCCGCACCUUUGGAUACCAGAUGUCCGAUCCUGUUACCUUCAAACCACAAAAUUACAUUUUUAAUUGCUCGGUCAAUUCAUCUUCAAACGUUGCAUUCUGGUCCUACAUUAUUAUUAUCAACCAUUCGUCAACGUUUUUGGCCAUUGCAUGGAAGGAAGAUUACACGAAAAAUAGUUCGUGAAUGCAUCCAAUGUUUUCGUUGUAAUCCUCGGAUGAGUAAUCAAAUCAUGGCUCCACUUCCUGAAGUGAGGAUUACGCCAGCGCGAAUAUUUUCGAACUGUGGAUUAGAUUAUUGUGGACCUUUCCUCGUUCGUCCACUCGUAGGUCGGGGUGCGUCUGUUAAAAUUUACGUUGCGAAUUUUAUUUGUAUGGUCUCGAAAGCCAUCCACCUGGAAAUCGUGUAUGAUUUAUCGUCACAGGCUUGUAUAAAUGCAAUGAAACGCUUUAUUGCCAGACGUGGACGUUUAGUAAACCUGUACUGUGACAAUGCAACCGCCUUUGUUGGAGCAAAUCGAGAGCUCAAAGAACUUCGCUUACAAUUUCUCGACCAAUUUAAACAUGAGUCUUGGAACAGUUUUUGUUUACAACAAGGAAUUAAUUUUAAUUUUAUUCCAGCUCGUUCCCCUCACUUCGGAGGCUUGUGGGAAGCAGGAGCUAAGACGUUCCGUCCAAGAUUUUUGGCGCCGGUGGUCCCGCGAUUACGUGAGUCAACUCCAUCAACGACCGAAAUGGCAAACCGAAACGCAGCUCCAUCCCAUCGAAGGCGUUUUGGUAUUGGUCAAACAAGAGAACCUCCCACCUCUACAGUGGAACUUAGGACGCAUUGUACAAACGUUUCCAGGGAGCGAUGGUCACGUCAGAGUAGUCCUAGUUCGCACCGCAAAUGGACUGUUUAAACGCGCCGUCACCGAGGUAUGCAUCCUCCCAAUAGACGUCCCACAGAAGCCAGGAACAAUCGAGGACCAAGUGUGGACCGAACCAAAAUAGGAUAGGGUUCGCAUGCGGAUGCACUGAAGUGGAGGACCUGGAUGUCGAAGUGUUGAAACUAGGGAGUUUCAACGGGGGCCUGUGUGUUUGAUAUUGCAUUUUUUAUACGAUAAUGUAUUCAGAAAUACUUUUCCGUGCAUGCUAUAAGUAUGGAACACCUUCAAUCCAAUGUACUGAAAUUACACAAGCUUGAAUAUUAUGAAUUAUUUUGAAUUCUACUGUUUCCUCUGUCUAUUGGUAUCGCAUUAUAUAAAAGCCCGAAGUGGAUAAAUAAAACUCUCUCUUAUCAUACAACUCUACAUCUGUGUACAUCAUUUAUUGGAAGAAGUCAGUGAUUUCGACAAGUUCGCCUCGCUCGCU